GAGUGUGUUUUUACCCCCUCCCAGUGCUCAACUGAGGCCGGGUUCUUCCAUCCAACCAUAAUUCUGACAUUUAACUCCGGAAACACAAAUGUAAGCUCCACUGCGUUACAGCCGAAAGUGAGACUAAACGGCGAGACGUUUAAUCAGCUGUCGUUCAGCGGUUGGAUCUGACCACAAUGUCACGGGUGUUGAAGAAGAGGCAAGCGGACCCCAAAGUGGUUCAAUAUGUCUGGUCAGCCAUCGAAGUCAUUCGCAAUCAGAAACAGAUCGCAAACAUGGACAGAAUCUCAAAAUAUUUGAGUCGUGUGUAUGGGAUGCACCCUAAAGACACAGCCAGGCAGUUAGUCCUGGCAGUGAAAGACGGGCUGGUGGUGGAGACCCUCACAGUGGGCUGCAAAGGCUCUAAGGCCGGGAUCGAGCAGGAGGGAUACUGGCUACCAGGCGAUGAGAUGGAGCAGAUGUCAGAGGGAAGCAAGGUAUGUUCUCAUCCAGAUACUGACUGGGAGGCAGAAAGUCAUGACUGGUACUGCUUUGAGUGUCAUCUACCUGGUGACGUGAUGGAGUGUGAUGGCUGUUUCCGUGUUUACCACCUCCGGUGUGUGUCUGAAGACCACCGGCCACAGGACACCACCUCCCACUGGCAGUGCGGCAUCUGCAGGCUUGUUAUGCAGAGACAGCUAAAAGGCAGUAAAAGGAAGAAUUUGAACAAGCAGGAAAUGACAACAUACCUAAAGUUCAUUCUUGGCCGCAUGAAGGAAAGGGCUGUUGACCUACACAAGAGAGGCAAAGAGUCCAAGCAGCCCGUGUACAGAAGACUCAUCCACACACCUCUGGAUGUGGAAAAAAUACAAGAGAACAUCUCAGAGGGAAAAUAUAAGAGUUUUGAGGAGUUCAGGGCUGAUGCGCAGCUUAUAGUUCACAACACAGCCAUUCUGCAUGGAGUAAACAGUGAUCAGACUGAAAUUGCCAGACUCCUCUAUAACGACACAUGCCAUGAGCUAAACGAGUUACUGUUGUGCAGAAACUGCUUCUAUCUCUCAAACGCACGACCCGAAAACUGGUUCUGUUUUGCAUGUAAUCCGAAUCACGAGCUGGUGUGGGCCAGGAUGAAGGGUUUUGGUUACUGGCCUGCCAAGGUGAUGCAGAGGGAGGGUAACCAGGUGGAUGUUCGGUUCUUUGGUCACCAGCACCAAAGGGCAUGGAUUCCCUCCGACAACAUCCAGGAGAUCUCUGUGAGUGUGCAGCAGCUGCAGGUGAAGCGGAGCGCCGGGUGGAAGAAGGCCUGUGAUGAGCUGGAGCUCCACCAGCGAUUCCUGAGGGAAGGACGCACCUGGAAGGGCAAGGCUGAAGAGAAGCACGAACAGUUAGAGAGGCACGACAGACAGGAAGAGAGACAGGAGGAGGCGGAGUCCAGCAUCUCCUCCACAUCCAAUGAGCAGUCGAAAGUCAACCAAGAGCCCAAAGCGAAAAAGAGCCGCCGUUCACAAGUCACUGAGCCCAAAGAAGAGGAACCUGAGCCUGAGAUGGAGGCCGUCAGCUCCAGUCAAGAGAUCCCAACAGCUGUUCCCCACCAGCCAGAGCGGAUGUCCGUCUCCACCCAGACCAAGAAAUCUUCCUCGCCUUCCUCCUCUUCCUCAUCAGCCCCCCGCAUGGUACCCCGAGGCACACAGACAGUCAAUGAGGGCAACUGUCAAAACAUGUGCCAUGACAAAUACAACAAGAUCUUCAGUGACGUUAAAGAAAUGAUGAAGGCCGAGAACAAACGGGAGACCGAACGUGUUCUGAAAGAGGCUUUAGACAAGUUGCGAGGGGAGAUGGAGGAGGAGAAGAGGCAGGCAGUGAGCAAAGCGGUGUCCGGCACACAGGCUGAGAUGGAGAGAAAGUGUAAACAGGUGAAGGAGAAGUGCAAAGAGGAGCUCAUGGAGGAGAUGAAAAAGAUGGUGGCUCAGCAUAAACAACUGAUUUCACAGACCAAGAAGAAGCAGUGGUGUUAUAACUGUGAAGAGGAGGCUAUGUACCACUGCUGCUGGAACACGUCGUACUGCUCCAUCAAAUGUCAGCAGGAGCAUUGGCACGCCGACCACAAACGUACCUGUCGUCGGAAGAGAUGAGCUGCGCUGACUACGCCAACCCUCUCGACUCCACCCAUCCACAAGCCACGCUAUUGGAUAGAUCUAUCUUAAAUGCUCACCACCUUGCCCCUGCUGAUGGAUUCCUGAUUUUAAGGAAGCAUUCUAAACCCCAGCUCCCUAGAACACUUUUACUGGGGCAUUUUACUGAGUUGCGGUGAACGCUAACGGGGCAGUGAGUGCGGGAUUUCAUGAUCCUCCUGGAAAUGGUUUUAUGUUUUGGUUUUAAUGGUAUGACUGCAUAUUCUUUUUGUUUUUAACCAUUUUAUUUGCUGUACAAUGGAAAACAUACAGACUAGCUGAAAUGUGAAGUACUAGUACUCUUUUUAAACCUGACUUAAUCACGAGCUAUGUAGAUAUUACUUUUUUAAUGAGCAAAUCAUGUCGUCCGCCGCCUACAUUUGAGUGAAGUUGGUGCCUACUCGAUUGUAGGUUUUUAUCAAGUGGUUGUAAUGUGUCAAUAUUUUGGGAACAGGGUUUAAAGAUGGCAAGUCACGUCUGUCUGAAUGAUACAAUCUUCCAUUAAUAAAUAUGCACAUUUCAAGGUUUUUCAAUUUGUAAUGAGAAAACUAAAUUAUGUGCUAAUUUUUGGUCCAUUUCUGUAGCUUAAGUGUACUACAUCUUUGCCAAGUGUGAUCUUUGGUGAGGUUUAUACAUUACAUUUGUAACUCCUCCCAGUUUUAGUGUGAGCAUAUUUGCUUGUACAGCAUUGUGAAAAAGUAUUUGCCCCCAGCCUGUUUUUGUGUAUGUCUCCAUACUAAAUUGCUUCAAAGAUUCAAACAAAAUCUAACAUAAAACAAAGGCAAUCUGUUUAAACACAACAUACAGUUUUUAAAUGAUAAUGUUAUUUAUUGAAGCAAAAAGGUUAUCCAAUACCAACUGGGCCUGUGUGAAAAAGGUUUUGCCCCGUAGUUACUAAAUCCCCAAAUCUAUGCCGUUGCAUUCAUAAUGGGGUUCAGCUGGACUAGACAUACCUAGGCCCGAUUACUGCCAGCCCUGUUCAAUCAAAUCUACACCUAAAUAGAACGUUUUCAGUGGCAUGAAGUUGGCUAAAAUGUCUCAUCCAGUAACACACUAUACCAAGGUCAAAAGAAAUUCCAGAAACUAUGAGGAAAAAAAGGUGAUUGAAGUACAUCAAUCUGGGAAGGGUUACAAAGCUAUUACAAAAGCUCUGGGACUCCAAAGAACCAAAGUGAGAGCCAUUAUCUCCAAAUGGAGAAAACUUGGCACAGUAGUGAACCUUCCCAGAAGCGGCCGACCUUCCAAAACUCCUCCAAGAGCACAGCGAUGACUCAUCUAGGAAGUCACAAAAAAAGGCAAUGACAACAUCCAUGGAACUACAGGCCUCUCGCGCAUCAAUAAAGGUCAUUGUUCAUGACUCAACUAUCAGAAAAGACACUGGUCAAAAAUGGCGUCCAUGGAAGAGUGGCGAGGUGAAAACCACUGCUAACCCAGAAGUACCUUAAGGCUCCCCAAACACAGAAUUCCACAAAAGGGUGGUAGUGUGAUGGUGUGGGGAUGCUUUGCUGCUUCAGGGCUUUCUCUAUCAGAAAAUCCUAAAGGAGAAUGUCAGGUCAUCAGUCUGAGAGUUGAAGCUCAAGCGCAACUGGAUUAUGCAGCAAGAUGACCCAAAGCAUAGGAGUAAGUCCGCCUCUGAGUGGCUUAAAAAAAGCUAAAUUAAAGUUUUGGAGUGGCCGAGUCAAAGUCCUGACUUGAACCAUAUUGAGAUGCUGUGGCAGGACCUUAAACAGGCAGUUCAUGCUUGAAAACCCUCCAAUGUGGCUGAACUAAAGCAGUUCUGCAAAGAAGAGUGGGCCAAAAUUCCACCACCGUGUUGUGAAAGACUGAUCUCCAGUUAUCGGAAGCGAUAACUAUGCUGCUAAAGGUGGCACAACCAGCUAGUAAGUUUAAAGGGGCAGUUAGUUUUUCACAAGGGUGAUUUAGGCAUUGGAUUCCUUUUUUGCUUCAACUAAUAUAUAUAUAUAUAUUUGAAUACUUUAUUUUGUGUAUACUCCUCCGGUUGCUUUUGUUUUAAGGUAUAACUCGUUUGAAGAUCUAAAACAAUUUAGUAUGAAAAAUAAACAAAAAUCUGAAAUCUUUUUAUAGCACUGUGUGGAGCACUACCACCAAGUCCUUCCAGACAGAAAGAACAUUAUUUGUUUAUUCCAGAUGUCAAUAUCCCUUUUGAUUGCAAUGAAGAACUAAGACUGUACAGAGAUCAGAGAAAAUUAAACAAUCAGAAAUUAACUAAGGGGUUACCCAGGGUUUUAUUAUAGAGAAUGACCAUUCGUGGCAUUCUUCUGCACUUUGUGACCUGAGGGAAGAGUUAAAGGGAUAAUUCACCCAAUAACAAAUUGACUAAAUUUCUUCUUUGGAACACAAAUGAUCCCCAAAUGCGUCAUGUUAUUAAAGUCAAAUGGGUUUGGAACAACACGAGGUCAAGUUAAAGAUGCCAGAAUAUUCCUUUUGGGUGAACUGUCCCUUUAAAUCGUUAAAAUACUUUUUGCAAUAACAAAUUUUUUAGAACAAAUGACGUAAUGACUCUAUCUAUAGAGUUUUUGAGGAGGUGAUUUGUCUAUUUAGAAAAGAAGAACCAAUCACCUGAAUGAUAUAAGCGACAUGAGGUACUUUAAUGUAUUUUGAAGUUCUACAAGCGUUAUAAAUAAUUAUCCCCCCAACCCAACCGUUGCACUACAUGUAAAUAUGUAUUUGCCGCCAACCGUGACUGAUGACGUCUGCAUAUGUACAUUUCAUGAACACAUUAACUAUGUAUUUGAUAAAACGUCGAUCUGUAAAGGAAAAAAAAAAACAAUUGUGACAAGACGGUAAUAUGUUCCAUUCCAGUGUGCAUGAAAGGUUGUAUGUACCUUAUUUUUGCCUCUUCGAUAAUCUCCAUUCUUGCGUGUCAUCGGUGACACAGUACGUCUACUUUUGAUUUUCUAGUGUAAUUCGAAACCACUUUGUAAUUGCAAGUUAACCCUUUUUUAAAAUGUAUUUUUUAACUUAUAUUUAUGCGGACAGAGUAAUGACUACUGAGAAUUUCCGACACCCGGCAAUACGAACACCUGUCAUUCAUGGUCAUACCAAUUAAAGUGGUGUAAACGUUUCCGCCCUCUGACGUCACUGAUGUCCCUCUUGCAUUACAUUAUGUAACAGUACAGUGUAUAAAUAAACAUAUCAAACGGUGGUAGUUUUGCAUUUUUUCUC